AUGGGCACCGAGAAGAUCCUCCCUCAAGAGGGCCUGAGAAACAUCCUCAUAACUUCUGCAUUGCCCUACGUCAACAAUGUGCCUCAUCUAGGCAACAUCGUCGGUAGCGUGCUCAGUGCCGAUGUCUUCGCCAGGUACAACAAAGCGCGCGGACGACCAACGCUUUUCGUCUGCGGCACUGACGAGUACGGAACCGCCACGGAGACAAAGGCUCUUGAGGAGGGAGUCACCCCAGAAGAGCUAUGCGCAAAAUACAAUAAAAUCCAUACAGAAAUCUACGAAUGGUUCGAGCUGGGCUUCGACAUCUUUGGCCGAACUCCUACCAAACAGCACACAGAGAUCUCUCAAGAUAUCUUUUUAAAACUCCACGCAGCAGGCCAUCUGACUGAACAUGUCAACAGUCAGCCUUUUUGCGAAAAGCAUGGGAAAUUCUUAGCCGAUCGGUUUGUCGAAGGCACAUGCCCAAAAUGCGGCUAUGACGAUGCUCGCGGUGACCAGUGCGACAAAUGCGGCAGUCUUCUUGAUCCACUGGACUUGAUCAACCCGCGAUGCAAAGUCGAUGGUGCAACUCCUGUGACAAGAGAGACAAAACAUACCUAUCUACGCCUAGACGAGCUACAGGGCCAGAUCGAAGAGUUUUCGAAACAAUCGAUCGAGAAUGGCCGGUGGUCACGAAGUGCCAAAGUCAUCACAGAGUCAUGGUUGAAACAAGGUCUGAAGGAGAGGGGUAUCACUCGAGAUCUAGCUUGGGGUGUGCCUGUCCCUCUGCCGGGAUACGAGCACAAAGUCUUCUACGUCUGGUUCGAGGCUUGUAUUGGGUACCCGUCCAUCACCGCCAACUACACAGAGGAGUGGGAAAAAUGGUGGAAGAAUCCGGAAAAUGUUCAACUAUACCAGUUUAUGGGCAAAGACAACGUACCAUUUCAUUCUGUUGUUUUCCCUGGGUGUCAGCUAGGGACGGGGGAGGCCUGGACCAUGCUGCACCAUCUUUCGUCAACAGAAUACCUCAAUUACGAAAACGGCAAAUUCAGCAAGAGUCGCGGCAUAGGUGUGUUUGGGAACAAUGCCAAGGAGACUGGCGUACCGCCAGAUGUCUGGAGAUAUUAUCUCCUCAAGAACCGACCAGAAUCCGGCGACACGCAGUUUGAAUGGCGGUCAUUCAUCGAUGGCAAUAACUCGGAGCUCCUCGCUAAGCUUGGAAAUUUCGUUAACAGAGUCAUCAAAUUAGUCAAUUCCCCGAAGGCCUAUUCUGGGAUCCUACCGGAUUUUGAUCCUCACAAUCUGCCGUCAUCGUUCACGGAACACCUAGCUGAAAUCACCGACCUUCUCAAGCAAUAUCUCGCAGAAAUGGAGGCUGUGCGCCUCCGUAACGGACUCCUUGUUGCCAUGAAGAUUGCAGAAGCGGGAAAUGGCUUAAUCCAAGCUCAUCGCCUCGACAAUUCACUCAUUGCGAGUGAUCCUACUCUUGCUGCAGCAGUUGUGGGAACUGUUAUCAAUCUCAUCUACCUCUGCUCUGCCAUAUUCGAACCAUAUCUUCCGGCAACCUGCGCGUCAAUACGGAAACAGCUCGACAUCCCGUUCUUGCAGAUACCGUCCGAGGAAGACAUUGCCGAUGGUUGGCUGCCCACUUACAUAAAACCGGGACACAAGAUCGGCAAGGCAGAGUAUCUCUUCACAAAAAUCGAUGAGAAGAAGGCCGAUGAAUGGCGUGAGUACUUCGGUGGAAACCAAGCAGAGAGGGAGAAGAAGAAGAAAGACGAAGCAGAGGCUGCUGCGAAGAAAGCAGCUCAGAAGGAAAAGACCAAGGCCAAGAAGGCGGCUCAAAAGGCUGCGGCUGCGGCUGGAGCUGGAGGUGCUGAAAAGAGCGCGAAAGGGGGCCAGGAAGGAAAAGAGCUGGCCAACGGAGUUGCUGACGUUGGAGAAGACGCGGCGAUCGCGAAGGUCGUUGAUGGUGUUGCGCAAGUAACGAUACCGAUGUCUUGA